GGAGCCGAGCCGAGCCCAGCCGAGCGCCGCUGCGACCAUGCCCAAGUCAAAGAAGCGGGGGAGCAACCACCAGCGGGGAGCCGGUGAGCGGGGCGGGCGGGGGUUCCGCUCGCGCGGCCUCGUGGGGCCUUGGGCCGCGCUGCCUCGGCCGGCCGGGCCUCCUCGCCGGGGCGUGGCCGCGGAGCGCCGGGCCGGAGCCGGGCGCGGGCUGACGGGAGCCGGCCCCGCAACCGCCACCUCACGCCGUUAGCGCGCAUGCGCCCGGCUGCGCCGCGCCGGAGUGAGACGGGGGGUGGGGGGGGCAACGGACGUGCCUGGUGCCGCCGGCAGCGCCCCGCGGGUGGCACCGCCCGGCGCCGCUGGGGGCCCGCGGGGGCCGCGGUAACAGCGCUGCGGCGCGUCCCGGGCACGCACGGCUGUGUGUGGGCUCUGUGCCGCCGACUGUGCGGGCCCUCCCGGGGGCGGGCGGGGCGGCUGCUGUUGUCAGUCCCGGUGUCUGCGGCGGCUGCACGGCGCUGCAUGUGUGCGGGAGGCCUCUUAGCCUAAAGGAGGGCUCCGGAACAGUCUUGGUGGUCAGCCCAGAAAUGUGCAGCCUUUUAGUGAUGAAGAUGCUUCAAUUGAAACUAUGAGCCACUGCAGUGGCUUCAGUGAUCCCGCCAGCUUCACCGAGGAUGGGCCUGAAGUUGAUGAAGAAGCCACUCAAGAAGACUUAGAAUACAAAUUGAAGGGAUUCAUUGAUCUUACAUUGGACAAAAGUGCCAAAACAAGACAAGCAGCUCUUGAAAGUCUGAAAAGUGCUUUUUCUUCUAAAAUAUUAUAUGAGUUUAUAAUGGAAAGGAGAAUGACACUAACUGAUAGCAUUGAACGCUGCAUAAAGAAAGGUAAGAGUGAGGAACUGUGUGCAGCUGCUGGACUGGCAUGUCUUCUCUGCGUACAGAUGGGGUCGGGAAUUGAAAGCGAAGAGAUUUUUAAGACCCUUGGUCCAGUUCUGAAGAAGAUUGUCUGUGAUGGAACAGCUAGUGUCCAAGCCAGGCAGGCUUGUGCAACCUGCUUAGGGAUUUGCUGUUUCAUUGUCACCGAUGACAUCACGGAACUGUACUCUACUAUGGAAUGCCUGGAAAGUGUCUUCACAAAAGCUUAUCCACGAGAUAGAGACACUAAUGGGGUAUCAAGUACACCCAGUACUGUGCUUCACAUCAGUGCACUCUUAGCAUGGACGCUGUUGUUAACCAUUUGUCCAAUGAAUGAAGUGAAGAAGAAAAUUGAAACGCACUUGCAUAAACUUCCAAGUAUGCUGUCUUGUGAUGAUGUCAACAUGAGAAUAGCUGCUGGAGAAACACUAGCUCUUCUGUUUGAGCUGGCACGUGAAACAGAUGCUGAUUUCUUUUAUGAAGAUAUGGAACUUCUAACAGAGAAACUGCGGGCUUUAGCUACUGACGGAAAUAAGCACCGAGCCAAAGUAGAUAAAAGAAAGCAGCGAUCUGUGUUCAGGGAUGUUCUGCGAGCUGUUGAGGAGCGAGACUUUCCCACAGAGACAGUUAAAUUUGGACCUGAGCGCAUGUAUAUUGACUGCUGGGUUAAAAAACAGACCUAUGAUACCUUUAAGGAGAUUCUGGGGUCAGGGAUGCAAUAUCAUCUGCAGUCAAAUGACUUUCUCCGGAAUGUGUUUGAGCUUGGUCCACCAGUAAUGCUAGAUGCUGCAACUCUUAAGACAAUGAAGAUAUCCCGAUUUGAAAGGCACUUAUAUAACUCAGCAGCAUUCAAGGCUCGGACAAAAGCAAGAAGUAAAUGCCGUGACAAAAGAGCGGACGUGGGGGAAUUUUUUUAGAUCUCUGUGGAGUUGAAUUUUAAGUCUUUAAUAAUUAAAAUAAAUUUGUAACCUUUGAAUGAUUUUUUUUAAUUUUAAUUUCAAUAGUCACAGCCUGCACUCGUGCACGGGGGGUAUUGUACAAAAUCUGUAAAUAGAACGCAUGUUGCUUAGUUGCAUAUACACUGUAUAUAGAUUGAUGUAAGACAGGGUGCUGGGUACAUUGUAACACUUGGAUUAGGUGUAACUUAAACCAAACCUGAACAUAUUGUAACUCAACUGUUAAAUGGGGUGCAUACACGUAAUCAACUGCCAUGUGUCAGAUUUGAUUACUUACUUUAGAGUAAGGUAAAUUAAAUGAAUUCAUUGACCAGGUGUUUUGGUAAGAUUGUGUUAAUAUGGAAGGAUGAACUUGUUCAUGUGAAAUGAUUUUAGUACCUUUUAAAACUCUUAAGUGACAGAUGAACAAAGAAAUUCCUCUAUAGUAUGAAUUUACGUGAAGGGGACUAUGGAGCUGACUCACCUUCACUCACAAGGAAGUAGUAAAUAAGGUACUUGCCUCAAUGUAAAAUAAAGAUUCAUAUGUUUUGAAAUCAGGUGUUUAAUUUUUGGAAUAAAGACGUUUCUCACUGUA